CUCAACGUGGUGCGACAACGAGAAAAAUAUAUACUUUCUCACUCUGAUUUGUUGCACUGGCUGACCCAGUGUAGGCUUGUAUUCGGCGAGGGACUGCGACAUAAGUGCGCGGGCUGGCGCGCGAGGGUAUCCUAGCGCCCUCUGUGAUCAACCUCGGCAACCGUCGCGUCAAAGCGCACGUUUACCGACAGCCGAUCGCGCGAUCGACGCGGACAGCGCGACGAGACCGGAGACUGUCGGAGGUUUCUCGCUCGUUAUCGUCUUCAGAAAUACUCCACGCGUUGUCAACCGGUAUAUCCAUGCGUGCGGGAGUCAACCGCUGACGUUCUCUCCCCAGGAAACGCAAAACGUUAGGCGAGUUAUCGUACACUGUAAGAUUGCGAAAAGUCGGUAGGAAAAGCGAUCGAAGCGAAAAUGAUACGCCGCGCCAUUUAGUUCCAACGUGACCUAAGCUGUCCUCUUUCACGUAGUAUGUUUAUCGUAGCUAUGGGUACGUUGGAACUAAAGCAAAGCCUGACCGGGCAUAGGGGCAGAGUGUGGAGUGUCGGUUGGCAUCCCAAGGGUACGAAUCUAGCGUCUUGCGGCGAGGACAAGACGAUUAUAAUAUGGGGAUUGGAGGGAGCCAAGUGGGUGACGAAAAUGAUCCUCACCGAGGGGCACUCGAGGACUAUUAGAGAGCUCGCUUGGUCCCCCUGCGGUAGCUACAUCGCGUCGGCGAGCUUCGACGCCACCACCGCGGUGUGGGACAAAAAGUCGGGGCAGUUUGAAUGCAACGCGACGUUAGAGGGGCACGAGAACGAGGUGAAGAGCGUCAGCUGGUCCACCUCCGGCGAGUUGCUCGCCACGUGCAGCCGAGACAAGUCCGUGUGGGUGUGGGAAGUGAACAACAAGCUCGCGUCGGACGACGAGUACGAGUGCGCAGCCGUUAUUAACGCGCAUACCCAAGAUGUAAAGAAGGUGAGAUGGCAUCCGCGCGAAGAGAUCCUGGCCUCCGCCAGUUACGACAACACUGUCAAGAUAUUUAAGGAGGACGCGGCCGACAGCGACUGGUCGUGCGUCGCAUCCAUGUCGUCUCACGCGUCCACGGUAUGGAGUCUCUCGUGGGACAAGACUGGUGACCGAAUAGCGACCUGCAGCGACGACAAAACGGUGAAGAUCUGGCGGGAGUACAAGCCGGGAAACGACAUGGGCGUCGCUACGCCGAACAACGAGUCCGUCUGGAAGUGUGUCUGCACGUUGUCGGGAUACCACACGAGAACUAUUUACGACAUCGACUGGUGCAAGACUACAGGCUUGCUGGUGACCGCGUGCGGCGACGAUAUCAUUAGGAUAUUUAAGGAGGACAGCGACUGCGAUCCGCAUCAAGCGAGUUUCACGAUGGUCUGCUCGGUAGACAGCGCGCACGCCCAAGAUGUUAACUGCGUCCAGUGGAAUCCCACGAUUCCUGGGCAACUCGCGUCCGCGAGUGACGAUAGUACAGUUAAAAUAUGGUUUUAUAACGAAUAAAAUGUAUAUCUGUAAGAUA